AUGUUAUGUUUGAAGCUGCACCUUGCCAGGGACGUGGAGAUUGUUGGUUUCGCUGACGACGUGGUGCUUCGAGUGAUCGGCGAAUUACUUGAGGAAGUAGAAGUACUCGUCAUGGAGGUGAUAGAAGCUGUGAAAGACUGGAUGCGCGAGAAGCUGGAGUUAGAUCAUCACAAAACCGAGAUGGUUUUGAGAAACAGCCGAAAGACAAUGGACGUAGGUCGUCAGUCUGUUGAGGAAGACCCUUUCCAGGAGCUUACCAAGAGUAUGGAUACUCUUGAUUGCCAGCAUAAUCUAAAGGUAGGCAUAGACACACGAAAAGUGCUGUACCAACAGGAAAAAUUAUUUGAAUCUAUAACUACGCAAACGGACUGCAACUUACAAAUAGCAGCCGACAUAAAAAAGUUCAAUUCAAUUGUUGACUUAUUCGAAAAUGUUGAGCUGCAGCUUAAAGAAUCAGUGGCGAAUGUGAACAUAAACACAUCGUCGCAAGUGGCAAAUGCUGUAUCGGCACUAUCGCAGGCCAUUGACAGUAAUUCUUUUAAUAAGGCCGAUGAGCUGGUCACGCUGAAAAACCAUAUCACAUCACUAUUCAACAUAUCUAUGGGAUCCACAAAAAAACACAUUGAAGAGUAUGUAAAUGAUCUCACUGCCGAUUUGACCAGAGAAUUGAAAAAAAUCUGCAGCGAAGUUCAGAACUUGAGCACCCUUACCAUAGAUAUGGCAGCUCAUUGUAAUGAACACUACCUGAGUGAAUCGCGUCCUACACGUGAAGUUUUAGACGAAGUGAAAAUUAUAACAUAUUCAGUUGGCAGUGACAUUCUCAAAGAAGUACAAUCUCUUGCCGGCUCAAUUAACACUUUGGAUAGCAGUAUACGCGAUGCUUGUUUGCCACCAGCGGGCCCCAGCUUGAUGGACGAAUUAAAUGCCCAAUCAACAAAAUCGGGUGACUCAGGUCACCGUUCCACUGCCGAAGCCACUGAAGGGUGGCGCUUUUUGGGUUCGAAGAAAGUGUGGCGCUCUGACUGGACGGAGUACGACACACGUAAUCAGCAUAGAAUUCAACAGCAAAAGAUGAAAGAUAGGGCGAUGGCACGAAGAAAAGCUAAUAAAAAGCAGUUGCAUCGGAUAUCCAGAAGCAGUUAUUAUAACUAUAACCUCAAUGACAACAAUAAUAGCAACAACAAUAGCAAUAAUAAUCGUAACAACAAUCGCAACAACAAUAGCAGCAAUAAUCGCAACAACAACAACAAUACGCAAUGCGGUCGUCCAACAGCUGGCAACUCUCUUCCCCGGGAUAAGGAUCUACUUGCGGCGGCAAGGGUGCAAUUCUCUAGGCCUCCGUUUGAAAAUCAGCGUGGUAUCAGAUAG